ACGCACGACUCUGCAAGCGUUGCGUUUCUACUCACCAGCGACAGUUGCUUGCUUGAGCGCUAGCAAAGAAGAGAAGAGGAGAAAGCGACUUGUUCGACGUAGCCGUCAUGGCGGCCCUGAAAGAUAUAGUGGCUAAACGGUUUCUGGACGACAUUCUGGGCUCCGUGUGCAAGCCAGGGCAAUGGAAGGUGUUGGUGUUAGACCAUCUGAGCACUCGGAUAAUGUCUGCCUGUUGCAAGAUGCAAGACGUCAUGACCAAAGGAGUCACUCUUGUCGAGUCUCUGGACAAGUCUCGUCAGCCACUGGCUCACAUGGAGGCUAUCUACAUCCUUGUCCCGUCUGAGAAGACUGUUGCCAAGUUGAUUGGUGAUUUCGAAGGGGCCCCCACCUACAAAACUGCCCACGUCUUCUUCCUCGAGAAGUGCUCGACUAGCCUCUUCUCUAAACUUGGCUCGAGCAAGGCGGCUAAAAGUGGGUUCAAAUUGUUGUCAUACCAUUCAGCCAGGCUUUUCCUGUGUAUCUCUAUCUACUUUGUGGUGCAGUAAACUGCCAAUUUUAUUUAUGUAUAGUAUCACUCUAAGCCAA